CGUCAUCCCUUUCUCCUGUUUUCCAUUUCUAACCAGCUGCUCAUCAUAUAUAUCAGCACACAAACAUCUCUCUCUCUCUCUCUCUUCAAACUUCUUUGAUAAUAUUAAUGGCUGAUUCUUCUGAUGAUUUGCACCAAACUCACCCAUCACCUUUGGUUCCUCCUGAUCCUCAAGAUUUCUCCAAUUUAUUCAACCAUCUCAUGGAUCCUUCUUCUUCUUCCUCUUUCAAUUUCUCUCAUCCAUUUCCCAACUCUUCCACAACCAUCCCUUACCCUCCUAAUCAUUUCACUUCUUCUUCAUCACCUCAGAAUGAUGAUGCUUCAGAGUUGCCAUCAUCAAAAGCUACCCCACCAUCACGUUCUUCAUCAAAGAGAAGCAGAGCUGCAGAGUUUCAUAAUUUAUCUGAAAAGAGAAGGAGGAGUAAGAUUAAUGAGAAAUUGAAAGCUUUGCAGAAUUUAAUUCCGAAUUCUAAUAAGACAGACAAAGCUUCAAUGCUUGAUGAAGCUAUAGAAUAUUUAAAGCAGCUUCAACUUCAAGUGCAAAUGUUAAUGAUAAGAAAUGGUUAUAGCCUGCAUCCGGUGUCUCUAUCAGGAGGAUCGCGACCUACGAUGUUUUCUCAAACGGAUUUAUUCAAUCUUGAUGAGGGUAAUAUUGGAUUUCACAAUUCUGUCAACACAAUUGCCUCAUCUGCAAAUGAUGAAUGUUUUGCGCCGCCUAGUUUUAGUUUUCCAGAACAAGGCAGCAUCUCGAAUCAAACUGUCGCGGCAAGUAUAGCUAAUUUCGACCCCUCAUCAAGUUUUCAACCCUCUAUUAAGGAUGCUUUCUGCAACAACAUGCCACAGCUGAUUUUGGAUUCAACAAGGACUGAAAAAACUCCUCCUGAUAUGUCUUAAACAGCUUCAAUUCAUCAGAGAGAUAGAGAAUUUUUUAGACUACAUACUAUUUUGCAAAAGGGAAGUAGCUUUUGUUAAGACAUCAUGAUACGGUUGAACUCAAAUUUGAUAAUCUAUUAGGUUAUUUAUUGUAUAAUUGAUGACCGUUCGAUGAAAUUCUUGUGUAGUAGACAACUGCACUAGAAUGCAAUGUAAUAAUAAUACUUAUAGUAUUUUAUAACUUCAUCGAUUAACAAAAGGAAGAUAAUGAACAUUCUGCGACAUGUUAACA